AUGUCCACGGAGAUGGCGCGACGUGGACUCCGAAUCCACCACUCCGUGGAUGGGUACUGGGGGCGCAAGGAGGCCAGCGUGGAGGCAAAGGAGGAUGGUGAGGAUGAAGAAGAGGUGGUGAAGAUGGAGGGGCUUAGGACAUCUCAAAAUUCUCUUGGGGACUCAAAUCCCCGGGGGAGGGUUGGUGCUAAUUGGCAAGAAUUGAUCGAAUGA